AUGAUCUACCCCUCCCGAGCUCAGAUCUACUCCUCCCAAGCUCAGAUCUACUCCUCCCAAGCUCAGAUCUUCUCCUCCCGAGCUCAGAUCUACUCCUCCCGAGCUCAGAUCUACUCCUCCCGAGCUCAGAUCUACUCCUUCCCAGCUCAGAUCUACUCCUCCCCAGCUCAGAUCUACUCCUCCCCAGCUCAGAUCUACUCCUCCCGUGCUCAGAUCUACUCCUCCCGAGCUCAGAUCUACUCCUCCCGAGCUCAGAUCUACUCCUCCCCAGCCCAGAUCUACUCCUCCCACGCUCAGAUCUACUCCUCCCCAGCUCAGAUCUACUCCCCAGCUCAGAUCUACUCCUCCCGAGCUCAGAUCUACUCCUCCCGAGCUCAGACCUACUCCUCCCCAGCUCAGAUCUACUCCUCCCGAGCUCAGAUCUACUCCUCCCGAGCUCAGAUCUACUCCUCCCGAGCUCAGAUCUACUCCUCCCGAGCUCAGAUCUACUCCUCCCGAGCUCAGAUCUACUCCUCCCGAGCUCAGAUCUACUCCUCCCCAGCUCAGAUCUACUCCUCCCGAGCUCAGAUCUACUCCUCCCCAGCUCAGAUCUACUCCUCCCGAGCUCAGAUCUACUCCUCCCGAGCUCAGAUCUACUCCUCCCCAGCCCAGAUCUACUCCUCCCACGCUCAGAUCUACUCCUCCCCAGCUCAGAUCUACUCCUCCCGCGCUCAGAUCUACUCCUCCCCAGCUCAGAUCUACUCCUCCCGAGCUCAGAUCUACUCCUCCCGAGCUCAUAUCUACUCCUCCAGAUCUCAGAUCUACUCCUCCCGAGCUCAGAUCUACUCCUCCCGAGCUCAGAUCUACUCCUCCCGAGCUCAGAUCUGCACAUUCCGCGCUCAAAUCUACUCUUCUGCGCCCAAAUCUGCAUUCCGUGUGCUCAUAUUUGCAACUCGCACGCUCUUGCUAAUGUAG